GCCAAGAGAAUCAUUAUAACAUAUAUAACAUACAUAUACCAAAUUGUUGAAGUCACAUUAAAAUAUUGAACAUCAGAAACUAGCAAACUAACCUUUUCCGAUCGCAUGUAAUAAAAUUUACUUUGGUUUUUUUUUUUAGUUAAUAAAUAUAAGCCUGCAGGACACUGCAAAAGUAAAUAAAAGAGAAUUAAGACAAUGGAAAAUCUAGAUACGACCUUAAGCAGAAUGGAGAAUAGUCGUUUUAUCGCCCGUUAUAGCAGCGCAAUCAGAGAGAUGGCAGCCAAUUUGAAAAUGUCCCUCCUGGAAAUCACCUGUCUGGUACUCGUUUAUUACAAGUUCGUUAAGUGCCAAGGACCCUCGGCCAAAAUGAUGAGGAAAAAUCAGUUCUAUGCGCUAUACCUGGUCCUCUUUGACGUGACCGAUAUCCAGACCAUCGAGCGCAGUUUGUUUGCCGUCACAAAGGAUAUGAAGUUCGUGAGUCCCGAGGCCUGGGUUCAGAUCUUUAAUCUCUAUACAACGGAUGACAUCAAUGUGCGUAUGCGCUUUGCCUUCGAAGUAUAUAACACUAAGGGCACUGGAGUCAUCGAUCGCGAACAGGUUGGCUUUGCCUGCGAUAAGUUCUUUGAGGGCGAAGACGAAGAUGAACUGAAUGAGCUCAAAGCGGACAUGAUUGAGUUUCUCAUGAAGAAGUUCGACGUGGACAAGGAUGGAGUUAUUUCCUUCGAGGACUAUUCAUCGGUUGUGAUCAAGCAGCCAAUUUUGGUCGACUUCUUGGGCUGGUUAUUUCCGUCUAAGUAUGAUUUGCAGCUAAUGGCUCACGUCGUCAACUUUGAUUCCAUACUGAAUGUUCAAGACUCGAAGUGAAUAUUUGUACCUUAAAAUCAUCUUUAUCAGAUAUUUUCAAAGCUUUGAAUGAAAUGAAAACAUAAAAUUUAAUAAAACCCCUAAAAGAGGGGCGUUAUAUUUUAAAA